AUGGGCCAGUUCCUAUGUACCACCCACCGUAAGUACCACCGUAAGUACCACCGUAAGUACCACCGUAAGUACCACCUUAAGUACCACCGUAAGUACCACCGUAAGUACCACCGUAAGUACCACCGUAAGUACCACCGUAAGUACCACUGUAAGUACCACUGUAAGUACCACUGUAAGUACCACCGUAAGUACCACCGUAAGUACCACUGUAAGUACCACUGUAAGUACCACUGUAAGUACCACCGUAAGUACCACCGUAAGUACCACCGUAAGUACCACCGUAAGUACCACCGUAAGUACCACUGUAAGUACCACCGUAAGUACCACCGUAAGUACCACCGUAAGUACCACUGUAAGUACCACCGUAAGUACCACUGUAAGUACCACCGUAAGUACCACUGUAAGUACCACCGUAAGUACCACCGUAAGUACCACUGUAAGUACCACCGUAAGUACCACUGUAAGUACCACCGUAAGUACCACUGUAAGUACCACUGUAAGUACCUAGAAGGGGAGGCGGAGCUGGAAGCCGGUGGGCGUCUCUCCAUAUAUGAGCGUUCUGGGCUUCACUUCCUGGAGCUGAAGGAGGUGUGUGUGGAGGACGGAGGCAGCUACACCUGUGUGGUCAGCAACAGCGUGGGGUCCGCCAUCGCUGUGGCCGAGCUCUGCAUCCACGCUCCCACUGAUGAAUCUACAAAGCCUGAACCACCAUCAGAUGUGACCAGCAGCAGCACAUCCAGCUCCUUCACAGACCAGCCUAUGGAAGAGCCUCCUCACAGUUCCAGACUGAGACCCGCCGUACAGCUCCCUCCUGUGGCCCCCCGGAGAACUACAACCUCUGUGAAGGUCCAGUCUGCAGUGAGUUCUCCAUCAAUGCACUUGACGGGUGGCUCAGAUAAUCGCAGAAGUGCAGUAAAGACGCUGUCAGGAUGCGACCUGCGUUUUGAAGCCGUUCCUCUGAACCAGGAAGCCACAGAGGGAACACAUGUCUCCUUCACCUGCCAGGUGUCUGCAGCUACAUUCUCUGCGGUGAGCUGGCUGAAGGACGGGGCCCCUGUGGAGAUGGGGGCUAGUGUGGAGCAGAGACAGGACGGCCCCAGACUGACCCUCACCAUGGACCGGGUCAGAGCUAAGCACCAGGGAUCCUACAGGUGUGAGCUGACCACCGCGGGAGGUGCCACACUCGCCUCGACCACAUGGAGCCUCCGAGUCAACCGCCGCAGUGAGGGUCAGGAGUCCAGAUCCGUGGGUGAAGGUCCUCACUUUGUGAAGUGCCUGUCUGACCUGAAGGUGAUGGACGGGAGUCGGGUCACCAUGACUGUGGAGAUCACUGGCCAGCCGCUUCCGGAAGUGCGCUGGUUCCACGACGGACAGGAGGUGACGGAGACUGAGGACUUCCAUCUGCUCAGAGAGAAGAACCGCUGCACCCUGCUCAUCCAGGAGGUGUUCCCCGAGGACAACGGCUCCUACAGCUGCAGAGCCUGGAACCAGCACGGGGAGGCCAGCACCCACGCCAGGCUCACCGUGGAAGGUAAAGUGUAUUUGAAUGAUUGA